UCGGACUGAGGCUUUCGGGACGGCGGCGGGAAGAUGGCGGCCCCCAGGGAGCCGCUUGGAGCCGUAGAGGCAGAGGGGAGCUCGGGUCGCCAGGGGAACUCGGGAGUCGAGGUGGUGGUUUUCUCCGAUCCCGCCACGCCCGCCCCGCUGUGCCCUCACGGACCCACUCUUCUGUUUGUGAAGGCGAACCAAGGGAAAGAAGAAACACGGAGGUUUUAUGCCUGCUCAGCUUGUAGAGAUAGAAAAGAUUGUAAUUUUUUUCAAUGGGAAGAUGAAAAGUUGUCAGGAGCCAGACUUGCUGCCCGAGAAGCUCAUAACCGAAGAUAUCAGCCUCCUUUAUCCCGUUCGCAGUGUGUGGAAAGGUACUUGAAGUUUAUUGAGUUGCCCUUGUCUCAGAGAAAGUUUUGUCAAAGAUGUCAGCAGUUGCUGUUGCCAGAUGAUGAGGAAAAGCAUCGCAAGCAUCAGAUAGUGGGUGAUAUUUCUAUCACCCAGUUAAAAAGGCCCAGUCAACUCCUUUAUCCAUUGGAAAACAAGAAGACAAAUGCCCAGUAUUUGUUCGCUGAUAGGAGCUGUCUGUUCUUGGUAGACCUACUCUCUACCCUUGGGUUCAGAAGAGUACUGUGUGUUGGGACACCGAGGUUGCAUGAGCUGAUCAGGUUGAAAGCAUCAGGUGACAAGAAGUCUAACAUUAAAAGCCUUUUAUUGGAUAUUGAUUUUCGGUAUUCACAGUUUUAUAUGGAAGAUAGUUUUUGCCAUUAUAACAUGUUUAACCAUCACUUCUUUGAUGGAAAGGCUGCCCUUGAAGUAUGCAGAACAUUUUUACAGAAAGAUGAAGGUGAAGGAGUCAUUAUGGUGACAGAUCCUCCUUUUGGUGGCUUGGUUGAACCUCUGGCUGUUACAUUCAAGAAGUUAAUUGCUAUGUGGAAAGAAGGUCAAAGCCAAGAUAACAGUCACAAAGAACUACCCAUAUUCUGGAUUUUUCCCUAUUUUUUUGAAUCUCGAAUUUGUCAGUUUUUCCCAAGCUUCUGCAUGCUGGAUUACCAGGUAGAUUAUGAUAAUCAUGCACUUUAUAAACAUGGAAAGACAGGACGGAAACAGUCUCCUGUGCGUAUUUUCACCAAUAUCCCACCCAACAAAAUAAUCCUUCCUAUUGAAGAAGGGUACAGAUUUUGCCCUCUUUGUCAACGAUAUGUUUCUUUAGAGAACCAGCACUGUGAACACUGUAAUUCUUGCACAUCCAAGGAUGGCAGGAAAUGGAAUCAUUGCUUUCUCUGCAAAAAGUGUGUAAAGCCUUCCUGGAUCCACUGUAACAUUUGCAAUCACUGUGCUCUUCCAGAUCAUUCUUGCACGGGCCCUAAAGACGGCUGCUUUAUUUGUGGUGAAUUAGAUCAUAAACGGAGUACUUGUCCUAACAUCUCUACAUCUAAGAAAGUUAACAAAGCUGUCAGAAAGCAGAAGCAAAGAAGGAGCAAUAAGAUGAAAAUGGAGACCACUAAAGGACAGUCCAUGAAUCAUACAUCUGUUACAAGGAAGAAGAAAAGAAGAGAAAGAGCUCAUCAAUAUCUUUGCUCUUAAAUGUCCAGUGGCUGGCGAAUAAGAAAGAUUUAUAGUCCAACCUUUGAUGCCAUUUUCUGAAAGUGCCUCACUGGACUUAAAUUCUGUCGCUUUCAAAGGUAUGCACCUCUCUAAGCUUGAAAGUAGGCAGGUGGUAUUUGCUAGUUUAUAGACCUCCUCACCCCCAGCAGCCCCUCUGGAGACCUGGGGAGUUGUUCCAUCCUUAGCUGGUUUGCUAGCUCUCAGUGCCUUUUUUCUGUCUUUAAAUCUCUUCCAGUCGUAUUAUAGCCUCUUUUAUCUGAAAAAUGGGCAUAAAGCGUCCUUUUGCAGGAAGAAAGAAGAAAAUGAGAAUGAAAACCUGAAGUUUUGUUUACAUUGAACAUGAGUAUAAGUUCGAUAUUUAAAAUAUUAAAGUAUUGUACAGUGGCUUAAACCCCACUUGUAAAGAGAAAUACAAUGUAUAAUUUUUUUUUAGCCAGAAUCUGAAGAUGAUGGAAAGAAUUUUGACAAAGGCAGUCUAAAGAUAUAAAGAUUAUGAUUAUGGUUACAUUAUUAUUAUUAAAUAUUUAUUUUUCAAAUACUUUUUGCAGUUGUCCUUUGAUGGUAUAGAAUCACCUAAAUGUUUGUUGAAUGAGUGAGGUAUUUAGAAUUAUGACUUGCUCUGUCAUCUUCGUGUCUCUUAACCUAGGCAGUACGUUUCUCUCUUUGUAAAAGUAGUAGCAGAAGGCAGGAUAUUUUGGUGAUCCUCAUUCCUAUUCUAACACUUCCUGGCUGUAUGUCCUUAGCCAGGUCAUUCAUUCUCUAGAAGCUACUGUUUCUUCAUUAUUAUAAUGGGGACAAUAAUAGUUAGACCUCAGGUUUGUUUGUGGUGAAAUUAAAUGAGGCACAUGCCCCUGGCUCUCAGUUCUCCUGUUACCCGUGAGAAACAUUAACAAAUGAAGAUGGCUGCGGAGCACUAAGGGUAAUCACCGGGUGGUCAGGUAUUGUAGCAUGGAAGGGAGCAGUUUGAACAAACAGUUCAUUAUCUCCUUAAGACUUAGUAGUUUAGAAUGGCUUGCAUUUGCACAACGACUUUUCUCUCUUUCCCAAAUGACUGCUUUAGAGCAGGUUUGGAGGCAUCUCUGCUUGGGCUUAGCUAGCCCUGAGAGUAAAGGUAGAAGAACUGCACUCCAUCUGGUAUUUA